CAAAGGUAUCUGCAAAUUGAUGCAAGGCAGAGAGCUUUCUUCUCCGGCGAAGGCAUAUCCUUUUAGGUUGUAGAAAUUGAGCAGUACAUCUGUGGAUUAAGUCAUUAAUAACAUAUUUCAAGUUCUGCUGAAUUCCAUUGAAGGAACAUUCAUGGUUGAAUCUAUUUUCUGUUGGAUGCCAUUGUUGCAAAAAAAGUGGAAUAGACAUUCUGGGACGUGUUAUGGUCUUAAAAGUGAUAAUUUCUUGGCACCACCAUAAUAAAUAGGAGGCUGAUAUAAGUUCCAUAAAGAGAAAUACUCCUCUCUCUGUUAGAGGCAUCGCUGGUCGUCAACCUAGUAGGAAUGUCGGGAUGAACUGUGAAUAAUUCGUGGAUAAAUCUUCAUGUCUAUAAGCCAAGAGCGGGAGGCAGGCCCUUGUGAAGACGCCAUUGUUUCAUACCCUUCUGCCAUUUGAUUUGAAUACGUUGAGCUGACAUAUUUUUGUAUUCCAGACAUAAAAUGAUUCAAUUGCUUCUAUCUGAACCCACCUGGAGUAAUGCUGGUCAUGACAAUUCUGUUAAGCAGAGAAUAUAUCUUUUAAAUAAGUUAGAAUCUGUUAUCUGGUCACUGAUGUUGUCUGGAGGUCGCUCUGAAGCUAAACUAUGGCUUUGCAACACUCUUUCGGGUAUAGUUUCCAUCAGUCCUCAUCAUCAACGUGAGCUAUUUGCAGAACUGUUGAGAUCUAAGCCACCGAAGCAGGGUUUAGCAGCUCAACUUUUGCAAAUGAUCUUUGAGAAGCAUCCACAUAAAGCAGGGCAUGUCAUAGCCAAAAAAGGUUACAUGCUGGAGAAUUUCUUUAAAGGAAAUCCGAGACGUAUCUUGCAGUGGUUCUCUAGUUUUGGUAAUGGUGAUUUGGGACCCAGAAAAGGUGCCAAGGCAUUAUCCCAAUUUGCCUUUGUGAAUCGUGACAUUUGUUGGGAGGAGCUUGAAUGGAAAGGCAAACAUGGACAAUCACCUGCUGUGGUUGCUACGAAGCCUCACUACUUUCUUGAUCUGGACGUGGAGCAAACAGUGGAAAAUUUUGUUGAAAACGUGCCUGAAUUUUGGUCAUCCAAUGAAUUUUCUGAGUCACUAAAAGAUGGUGAAAUUUUGUUCAUUGAUACUAAAUUCUUUGUGGAUUUUUUUGUUGAUUUGAUUUACAAAAAGGAUUCAAAAGAAGUAUGGGAAAUCCUAAACGAGUUUCUAAUGGAGGAGUCUUUCUCUUCUCUAUGUCAUCACCUUCUUAUUAUCCUUGAGGAGCGUGAUCUCUGUGUUUUCCUGAAAACCAUCUGCAAAUUUCUAAAACCAAGGAUAAAAUCAAUGGAUUUUGGUAACCCGUCAAAUUGGCUUGAGAUUAUACUUUCAAAGUGCAGUGAUUUCGAAUCUAUUGAUCAGUUAUUUUUGUUGAAUGCGGUUAUAAGUGAAGGACGCCAGCUUCUACGGCUUGUACGUGAAGAGGAGGACCAGCAGGCAAAGGUAAAAAUUAAAGAUAUUGUGUCACAGAUUUGCACAUCCACAAGCCAUGACAGUAGUUUGACGCUGAUAAUGGAAAUCUGCAUCAAGAGAAAAACCAUAGAAUCAAUAAAAUGGCUGGGUUUGCAGUCUUGGGCAAUUCAUUACAGAUUGUCGGAGGAGUGCCAGACCCCUGAGUCCUGGGAAUUGUUGUUUAUUAAUAACGGAAUUAGUUUUCGCAAGUAUAACAAAUAUCCGUUGUUACAUCAAGAUGAAUUCUCAGAAGAAAUGGGGUCUGAUUUGGAUGAAAGGGAAGUUAGGGUCAGGAGCAAGAAGAAAGAAAAGCGUAGAAAGAGAAGGAGAAGAGAUAUUGAUCAUGAUGAUUACUAUGGCGAUGAGCUACUGGACUUUGAUCUGUCAAAUAACAGGACAGGUUUGCAAUCUAAGGCUGGAAAUUGGAUGCUCUCCACUGAUGGGUACUCUACUUAUUGGAGCAGUGUUGAUUUGCCAGAACACCUAUCAAGGCAUUGCUUUUCUGCAUGGAUGAAGUGGAUUUUCAUCAAGUGGGGAGAUGUGGCUUAACUGUUUUGGCAUGGAUUCGAUAUCAUCCGUAUUCUUUCUGGUUGGGACAUGAUUAGUUCCUCUUCUCAUUCUCAGUUUAAUUGACAUAUAGAUUAAGAAGAUGUGGAUGAGGGGGAGAGAUUAACUUUCUCCACUUUGGAAGGUGAAUUACCAAUGAUGAUUCCUGAACAUCUAAUGGUCAGAUUCAUCUUUGGAGGGUCAAGAAGUGAUUUUUCGGAUUAGAGAAUCUGCAUUCUCCGGUUGAAUCACUUUGAAUUCAAAACCAUGGAGACUUCGUGGAGGGCUGGGGCCGGUCAAGUGGUGCGCGAAGACAUGUUCUUGGACUCAUCAUGUCUUGUUCUUGGAAGGUGCUCUAGAUCUCGCGGCAACCUCACCGGAGUCCUCAGUAACCAUGUUGCAUUGGAAUUUGCUGGCAAACUUAGCUUCUUCCUCUGAAGAAACGCGGCAUGUUUGGGUUUUACUGAAAGAUAUUAGUUGAGAAUCUUCUUCAGAUGACCUUUUGCUGAUACGCUUCAUAUUAAUUUCACUAUGAGCACUCAGAAAUGAAAAUAUAUUACUUGUUUAUGAUGUACUAGAUUGCAGAACAGACUGACUGUUGGUUAUAAAACUACUAUUGAAGCCUUUUAUGUUGA